AUGGCCAGUAUCAUCAACGUGAUGGAGGACGACAGUCUUAGGGGCAUCGUGCUGCUGCGUCUCGCAGCCUUUAUCUGGCGUUCAGAAUCGAGGGAGGCGGGAGCGCAUGCAACCAUCGAGGACCCAGCAACUGCCAGGCCAGCUAACCAAGUUCGAAUCAGGUUGUUCCCUUGGGGGGUCACUACAGCGAGUGAGCGUCCACUAUUCAGCACUCGCGGAGGCUGCGCCGCACUACGGGACAAGGAGAAAUACUUUUUCGCAGGAGCCAAGCAGGGCACAGGUGACAGAGGGCUUGAGCAGGGAAUAGAAAUCAUUGAAAUGGCUGCGUUGGAAGAUUACCCCGACAUGGGUGUCGCAUGGACUGGCGGAGGGAGGGAGGGAGGUUGCAUAUAUCAUGAUAUAUAUGAAAUGUCCCCCCAUCAGUCGAGACACCUCCAGGAUCCGCAGCUUGGAUCUCCAGAUGGUAAGGGCACCGUCCUGACUGCUGGACUUUCCAUAGAUUAUUGCACGCCAGAUAUUGAUCAAGCACGAACUCAAACCCACAUGCUUAUCCCACUUGAAAAGUCGAGUCUUGAGAAGGGGCACAAUCGGGGCUCGGAGACAACAAACAACUCAGGGGGCGUCACGUGUUUGUUGUUUACCCUUGACUUCAUUUCGGGUCAAGUCAAUUCAAUGAUCAAUCGCUGUGUUGCAGGCGUGGGACUCCGCUACUCCGUCCUCUCCGCACUGAGGUGA